CUCCCUCCCUCCCUUUCUCCCUGUCUCUCUCUCUAUCUCUCGCUUUCUCUAGGGUAGCUGUCGUGUAAUGUUAGUGAAAUAGUCAUCAUUGCUUGAAGCGCAUAGUAAAGAAAGCAUGGCUGCCAGUCGGGUACUCGUAUACGGAGGAAAAGGUGCACUGGGUAGCAAAAUUGUUCAGCACUUCAAAUCUAAAGGAUGGUGGGUAGCCAGCAUCGAUAUCGUUGCCAGUGAGGAGGCAAACGCGAACGUGCUGGUGAAGUUGUCCGAGUCAUUUACUGAGCAAGGAGGACAGGUGACAGCAGAUGUGGCCCAGUUGCUAGGGGACCAGAAAGUGGAUGCCAUCUUGUGUGUGGCAGGCGGAUGGGCUGGAGGAAAUUGCAGCUCCAAAGACCUGUACAAAAACACAGACAUGAUGUGGAAGCAGAGUGUGUGGACCUCUACCAUAUCUAGCCAUCUGGCUGCUAUGCACCUGAAGCAGGGUGGACUACUGACUCUGGCUGGGGCUAAAGCAUCACUGGGUGGCACUAGUGGCAUGGUGGGCUAUGGCAUGGCCAAGUCAGCAGUCCACCAGCUCUGUCAGAGUUUAGCAGGAGAAAACAGUGGGAUGCCCCCUGGAGCUGUGGCAGUUGCCAUACUACCGGUAACCUUGGAUACUCCAAUGAACAGGAAGUUCAUGCCUGAUGCAGACUUUGGUUCCUGGACACCACUGGAGUACAUUGCAGAAACUUUCUUCAGUUGGGCCACCGGUGCGGAUCGUCCAGCAUCGGGCAGUCUGAUGCAGCUCACCACCACCGGAGGCAAGACACAGGCCCUACCCACACAAUAAGACACAUUUCCUACCCACAUAAUAAGACACAGGCCCUACCCACACAAUAACACACAUUUCCUACCCACAUAAUAAGACACAGGCCCUACCCACACAAUAAGACACAUUUCCUACCCACAUAAUAAGACACAGGCCCUACCCACACAAUAAGACACAGGCCCUACCCACAAAAUAAAGCACAUUUCCUACCCACACAAUAAGACACAGGCCCUACCCACACAAUAAGACACAGGCCCUACCCACACAAUAAGAAACAUUUCCUACCCACACAAUAAGACAUAGACCCUACCCACACUAUAAGACACAUUUCUACACAAAUAAUACGACACAAUACCUAGCCACACAAUAAGACACAGCCCUACCCACA